AUGGAUCCUAUACAGUUGAAUGCAAACGACACAAUCAUCGAUAUCGAUUGCUGUAAUAAAACGAGCGAAGAAGUAGGAAUUUCUCCUGCGAUUUCAGACGAUGUUGGAAAUAAUUCGGUGAGCAUUUUAAUUGAUCCGAGAAAUAAUGUCGAUGAUAAUAUUUCUCCGAAAUUCAGUGCUAAGAAGCCCCCUCGCCCCCCUAAGAAAGCAUUAGUACUGCCGUUGGAUGCGGCUGAUGUAAAGCUGAUCAAGGAGAUUGCUGAGCUGAUAGCGAUCAAACGGUCGAGAAUCGAGCGGAUCAAGAAAAUUAAAUUAGCUGCUGCAAAGGCUUCGAAUUCGAAUUCGAAUUCGUCGAGCGGGACCAACUUGGUUGCGUUGGUGUUCACUAUUGUGUUUUGCAUUGCCAUGAUUUCUCAAGCAACACGAGGUGAAGACGCAGAGCUCUAG